AGGCAGGGCUGCUGAUUUGCUCUGGAAAGGCUGUGGCUGUCCCCAUUGGCCCUGGGAGGUCCUUGGCAGCUCCCACCUCUGUCUAUGUGACUCUGGGCUAUGACCCCCGCUACUGCCCCAGCUAAGCAGCAAGAGAGCUUGCUGAAGUCCAGAAGACUGUGGGACCAUGAGGGCAGCUCUCUGGAUCCUGGGACUUGGGCCCUGUCUUCUUAAUAUCUGGGCAGUCCCCAUUGGUGGACCAGGUGCUCUGAGGCUGGCGUACAGACCCAGCGCAUGCGACGGAGUGGUGCUGGUCCGACACCAUGGGACGUGGGGACACGUGUGCAACCAGGACUGGACGCUGGCAGAGGCCUCUGUGGUGUGCAGGCAGCUGGGCUGCGGCCCUGCCGUGGGCGCCCCCAAGUACGUCCCGCUGCCUGGAGAGAUGGCCCUGCCCUGGCUCCACAACGUGUCCUGCCAGGGCAAUGAGCCCUCUCUCUGGGAGUGCAGCCUUGGCGCGUGGAGCCAGAGCCCAUGCCCCCACGCAUGGGUGGUGGUCGCUCUGUGCUCCAACGGCACUUUUCGGGAGCUUCGGCUGGUGCAGGGCCAGAGUCCCUGCACAGGAUUUCCCGAGAUCAGAAACGUGAAUGGGGUGGACCGCCUCUGUGGCCUGCAUGUGGAGGAGGCCAUGGUGUUCUGCCGGGAGCUGGGGUGCGGCCCUGUGCUCCAGGCCCCCCGCCGGGAUGUGGGCGUUGUCAGCAAGUACCUGGCCUGCAAGGGCACCGAGUCCACUGUCCGCAACUGCAGAAUGGACAACAAGCUUCGCAGUGGCUGCGACCCGCGGCUGGACGCAGAGGUGGUCUGCUCAGGACACACCAAGGCCCGGCUGGUGGGCGGCGAGCACCCCUGCGCUGGGUGCCUGGAGGUGCGGCGGGGCCUGACCUGGGGCACCAUCUGCGACGCGGACCUGGACCCGGCCACGGCCCACGUGGUGUGCCGGGAGCUGCAGUGCGGGGUGGCCGUGUCCACACCUGGGGGCGCCCGCUUCGGCCGGGGCUCGGGGCCGGUGUGGACAAAGGCCUUCCACUGUGCGGGCAACGAGUCACUGCUGUUCUACUGCCCACGGGGGCACGGGAGCCAGUGUGGGCCCGGCCACGAUGCGGGGCUCCGGUGCUCAGAGUUCAGGCUGGUCAACGGCAGCAGCAGCUGUGAGGGCCGCGUGGAGCUCCAGGUGCAGGGGUCCUGGGCGCCCCUCUGUGCCACCCACUGGGACAUAGCAGACGCCACCGUCCUCUGCCACCAGCUCAACUGUGGCAACGCGGUGGCCGCACCUCGAGGAGGCCAUUUUGGGGGCGGGGACGCUGCCCUCUGGCCUGACGCGUUUCACUGUGAGGGGACAGAGCCCUACUUGUGGAAUUGCCCAGUAAGCACCCUGGGGGCCCCAGCCUGUGCCCCGGGAAACUCGGCCUCCGCAGUGUGCUCAGGUCUCCCCCACGCCCUGCGGCUGCGGGAAGGACAGAGCCGCUGUGACGGCCGCGUGGAGGUCUCCCUGGACGGCGUGUGGGGCCGCGUCCUGGACGACGCCUGGGACGUGCGCGGCGCGGGCGUGGUGUGCCGGCAGCUGGGGUGCGGAGAGGCCCAGCGAGCCUACGACGCGCCCGCCCCCGGCCGCGGGUCCGUCCAGGUGGCGCUGAGCCGCGCGCGCUGUCUGGGCACCGAGACCCGCCUGACCCGGUGCAACGUGUCCGCGACGCUGCGGGAGCCCGCGGGGACCUCGCGGGACGCCGGCGUGGUGUGCUCGGGGAGCCUCGGGGUGCGGCUGGCCGCGGGGCCGGGGCGCUGUGCGGGGCGCGUGGAGGUGCUGCGCGGGGGCGCGUGGGGCACCGUGUGUGACGACGCCUGGGACCUGCGGGACGCGCACGUGGUCUGCAGGCAGCUGGGCUGCGGCCGCGCCCUGAGCGCCCCGGGGGCCGCGCACUUCGGAGCCGGGGCGGGGCGCAUCUGGCUGGACGAGCUGCGCUGCCAGGGCCACGAGUCUGCGCUGUGGCGGUGCCCGUCGGCGGGCUGGGGCCAGCACGACUGCGGGCACAAGGAGGACGCCGGCGCCUUCUGCUCAGAAUCAGUGGCUCUGAGGCUUCGAGGUGGGACCUGCUGCUGUGCUGGGUGGCUGGACGUGUUCCACAACGGGACCUGGGGUGCCGUGUGCAGCGACGCCCUGAAGGACUUCUCCUUGUCCGCCAUCUGCAAGCAGCUGGGGUGUGGGGAGCGGGGCUGGCUGGAGAACAAGCCCUUCCCCUCCGCUGGUGCCAGCACGGGCACCGCCUGGGUGGACAAUAUCGAGUGCCGCAGGCUGCCCAGCUCCACUCUGUGGCAGUGCCCUUCCUGCCCAUGGCACCCACGCUCCUGUGACCUUCGAGAGCAGGUCUGGAUCACCUGUGCAGGGUUGUCAGAGGACGGGCCACAGGCUGCUGGCGAGACCCUCAGCUGCUCCUCCUCGCUCAGCUGCCCAGAGGAGGGCGCAGUGCGCUUGCGCGGGGGCCAGGCCCGCUGCUCCGGGCGCGUGGAGCUCUGGCACGCGGGCUCAUGGGGCACCGUGUGCGACGACGCCUGGGACCUGGCGGACGCGGAGGUGGUGUGCCGCCAGCUGGGCUGUGGUCCCGCCGUCGCCGCCCUGGCGGCCGCCGCCUUUGGCCCUGGCUCCGGGCCGGUGUGGCUGGACGAGGUGGGGUGCCGGGGCAGCGAGGGGUCCCUGCGGGGCUGCGCCGCGGAGCGGUGGGGACGCGGAGACUGCGCGCACAAGGAGGAUGCGGGCGUGCACUGCUUGGAGCCAGGCCCCGGUUCCCCACCGCCUGGAGCACCAUUCUGGACACUCAGGGCUGUCAGUGUCAUCCUGGGAGCCCUUCUUGGUUCUCUCCUUCUGGGCCUCUUGGCCUUUCUGAUUCUACCUCGAGUCGCACAAGUCAUGCAGAGGGCUCUGAGAAGAUCCGAGGUAUCUCCUGGAGAAGCCAUCUAUGAUGUCAUUGGGGAAAUGCCACUAGCAGGACUGUAUGAGGAAAUUGUGGAGGCUGAGGCCACGCCCCAAGGUGAGGAGGGUGGGGGUGUGGUAAAGGUGGAUGCAGAAGCCACAGUUUCAGGGGAGGCAUCUAACCUCCUGGAGGGACAGUCUACAUGUGAGGAGGGAGGAGGCCACAGACCUCUUUCUCAGGGAUAUGACGAGGUUGUCUUUCCACUGGAGGACAUGACACCGUGAAGCACCCUGAGGAUGAGACACACCAGCUGGUCGUCAAAAUCACAUUUCUUCAUUUUCUUCUGCAAUUGUAGUGGAUUUCUCAAAAACAUCAUGGAUGCCUUUCUCUUGCUGUGUCCCGCACAUCCAUAUGUAAUCCCAUCCUUCCAGGCCCUGCCUGGCUCUAGACCUCUGUCCCCUUCGAGGGUCAUCUGCUAUGGACAGUCGUGCUGUGUAACCUUCAGAUUUCCCACGCAUUACAGAAAAUGCAAAUGUGUAUAGAAAUCAGUGGUUGUGUUCGUGGUUUAGAGCCACGGGGUGCCGUCUCCGUCUUCUGCUCCACAGCUUGUUCUUGCUACCCAGAAGUGCACUGGAGAGCUCCCAUGCCAGAACCUUCCUCUUUCUUCUUAAAAACUCUUCUUAAUCGAAUCCAAAGUAUCUUUUAGAUGUUCUGCUUGUAUACUCAUGCCAUUGGUGGAUAUUCAGAUUUGUCCUCGACUUCCAUUCUGUGUCCCUUGAAUCUCUCUGCGCCUUAUUUCGUGGGCUGUGACCCUUCAGUCCAGCGUUGAACAGAGGUGGCCAGUGGAGGCCUUGUCUCAUUCAUGGACUCAAAGCAAACGUGCUCCAUGUUUCAUUUCACUAUUAAAUAUAAUAUUUGAUGCUUGGCUUUGUAGAUGCUAUUUAUCAGAUCAAGGAAAACCCAGUCUAUCGCUAGUUUGUUAAGGGUUUUACUUUUUAUCGUAAGUGUUGACUUUUAUCAAAUUCUUUUUUGUAUCUAUUAAGAUGAUAUAUGAUUGAUUUUUAUAUGUUAAAUUAACCUUGGGUUAAACAAAUCUAACUUUAUCAUGAUAUAUUAUUCUUUUUAUAUUUCACAGGAAUUAGUCUGGUAAUAUGUUGUGCCAAUGUUUAAAAAAGAAAUUGAUGUGUAUUUUUUUUCUUUUGUUGUAAUAUUUCUGUUUAAGUUUUGGUAUGAAGAUUAUUCAGGUCUCAUAAGAGUUAAAACAUAUUCUCUUUUAAAAAUUUUUUGCUAAUUUGCACUCCCACAACAGUGUAAACGCGUUCCUGUUUCUCCACAUCCUCACCAGCAUCUGUUGUUUCCUGACUUUGGAAUGAUCACCAUUCUAAUUGGCGUGAGAUGGUAUCUCAUUGUGGUUUUGAUUUUCAUUUCUGUAGUGACCAGUGACGAGCUUUUUUUCACGUUUUUUGGCCAUGUAUGUGUCUUCUUUUG